AUGACCGACGUGAAACCCGGUCAAGUUGUGCCCAUAUUCUUACAGAAGCUGUAUGAGAUCGUCAAUAACCCGGACAAUAUGUCUCUAAUCAGAUGGUCGGACAGAGGCGACUCGUUCUAUGGCACGGGAGACGACUUACACCUGGAUACAGUCCUAGAUCAGGACCGCUUUUCGCGAGAAAUACUUGGGCAGUGGUUCAAGCACCAGAAAUUCACGUCAUUCACCCGUCAGUUGAACAUGUAUGGCUUCCGCAAGGUGCAGGGCCUCCAGCAGCAUUCCUUGAAGAGCUCCAUCGACGGGGACAUCUGUCACUUUGAGCAUGAACACUUCAUCCGCGGCCAGCCGGAACUGUUGGGCUUCAUCCAACGUAGGAAACCUUCGAGCCAACCUGGA